AUGGUCCUCGUCAAGGCGAUCAUCGCAACAGCGGCUUUGUCCACCUUGGGCGCUGCGCAGGCGAACGAUGAGGGCAUCACAGUCUACGCUGCAGCGGCAUACGUUGUGCACGGCGACAAGACGCCUAGUCUCGGCUCCCUGCACGAGACACUGACGCCAGUUGGGGCACAGCAGCUCUAUCGUCAGGGCAGCGCCUUUCGCAAUCGCUACACGAACGGCUCAUCUGCCAUCGAUGGGCUAGAGGAGUCUUAUAUCGACAAUCGGCAGGUUGACGCGCUGGUAGCUGAUGACGAGUGGGUUGCUGCAGGUGCCCUCGCCUUCUUCCAGGGAUUAUAUCCACCCAACAAGGAAGGGUUUAUCGGUGGCCGGGAUUUGGGGAACGAUCUAGCCAGCAGUGGCAGUGACAGCGUAGGGUGGCCCUUGGACGGGUAUCAAUACCCUCUUUUGCAGACACUGUCCUGGAACGAUAGCGCGUCUCCCGCUGUCCGGGGAUCGAGCGACUGCUACACCUGGCAGGAGAAGACAGACAAGCUAAAUGCCAGCUCAAAUAUCAAGCAGCUCACCACGAAAUCGGCCUCCUUCUACAAAGACCUUUUCUCCUCGGGCCCGCUCAAAGGCACAAUCAAGGACGGCUAUGCCACCUUAUGGAAUGCCGUGGAACUUUACGAGCUCGUGUCUUACAUGUACGCGCAUAAUCAGACCGUCCACGACAAGCUCGACAACGCGAACGAGACCAUCUCCCAACUCGAGGACUAUGCCUUCUCCCUAGCUCAGGCGAAGAACCAAGACCCCGAUGACGAGGAUGACGAGGCCAAGGCUCUGAUCAACAUUGCUGGACGCACGCUUGCGACUAAGGUUGCCAGUCAGCUACAGCGUAAUCUCGGUUCGCAGGGAGAUCUCGCUAAACUCAGUGUUCUUUUCGGUUCCUACGAGCCACUCAUGGCUUUUCUUUCGGUAGCCAACGUGUUGACCAGGGAGAACACCCUCUCUGGUCCUUUCACGACCCUACCCAAGCCAGGCGCUGCCAUGAUCUUUGAGCUCAUCGGCGACACCCCUGACGAUACCUCCAAAACACCAGACGCAACUGACUUACGUAUCCGUUUCUUGUAUCGCGCGACCGCGGAUGAGGACGAGGAAGUCCAGGGGUUUUCGCUCUUUGGGUCAGGAUAUGGGGGCAAGAGCAUUCCUUACACUGCGUUUCAACGCGAAAUGAACGACAAAGGCGCCACGACGGAGGAGUGGUGCAAUAUUUGCAACAGUAGCACUCCUUUCUGCCCCAGCAAGUCAUCGGACGGUGAUGCAGGCGAACACGACGAAGCGGCAUCGGAUCUCCUGGGCUCCAACUCGAGAAUCCAUCCCGCUCUCGCUGGUCUCAUCGGCGCCGUGGUCAUGGGCGCCACCCUCGGGAUUGCUGGGUUUCUGCUCAUCGCCAUCGGAGGCUUCCGGGUUCGUCGCGUCAGCGAGAAUGAGAGAAGCAGCAGCGGCUUUCGAGGUGAGCCCGACAAGGACGUUGCUGUCGGAGCGCGGGGCGUAAGCCAGGAACGCAUCGGCAGCUGGGAGAUGAGGGGCGGUCGGAAGGAAGGAGGCGCGGAGAGCGUGAGGGAUGUUGACGAUGGGAGUAGCGUCUUUGGGGCAACUGUGACUAGGCCGAAGGACGUGGUCUGA